GGAAGUCGACGGCGGGUUCCGCCCCUCGCGGUGGGGUGGCAGGCUCGGACCGGCCGUCGGAGCUGCGGCCUCCCUUAGCGCCCUCCUUGUCGACAUCAUGCUCCAGUUCCUGCUUGGAUUUACUUUGGGCAACGUGGUUGGAAUGUAUCUGGCUCAGAACUAUGACAUACCAAACCUGGCUAAAAAACUUGAAGAAAUAAAAAAGGACUUGGAUGCCAAGAAGAAACCCCCUAGUUCAUGAGGCCGACUCCAGCACAGCCUUCUGGAUACACUGAGUCUCCACCUCUUGAGGGCCUCCUUUACCUUCUGAACCAAAAGCCUUUGUUUUCAUCUCCAGCCUUGUGAUUUUCUUCUUUGCUAGACUCCGUGUUACCGUAGAGCAAAAAUGGGGCCCCAGGUUAAGAAACUACCCUUACAUUUCCAACAUCUUCACCUCUUCCCGUGUCCUCCUUCCAGCUGCAUGGGACAUUCUAGGACUGGAAUUAUGGUGCUCGACUAGUAAACAUGACCUUUAAUGA